CGCUCUGCGUGUGAGUGGCCGGCCGGCGAGGCGAUCCGCAGACUCAGAUUCAGUGUGGAGCGACCUGUGACCGCGGCAGGAUACGUGCCGCCCGAGAGCAGGCCUUCAGAGUGUCGAGUGUUGGUUGGCAUGAUACGUGGCCGGCCGCGACAUGUCCUCGUGGUGAAGCUCGCAUCGACCAUGCACUCGGCGCCGUGGCUCCAUUGUCUCGUCCUUUGUGUGCUGCUGGUGCCCGGCGGCUGGCUCGCCAACACCGACGUUGACAACGUCGCCAAUAGGGCAGGCUCAGACGGGGUGGCGUGCGCGCCAGGCCAGUUCCGCUGUCCCGAGGGCAAGUGCAUAUCGUCGCAGUUGGUCUGCAACUACAGGAGAGACUGCGAAAAGGGCGAGGACGAGUACCAAUCAUGUCCUCCGCCCGACUGCGAAACGGGCCAGCUGACAUGCGGACAGUACGUCUGGAACAAGACCUACUGCAUCCAGCCGCACUUCAAGUGCGACAUACAAGUUGACUGCGUCGACGGCUCCGAUGAAGCCGAAUGCACAUAUCGCAAGUGCCAGGCGGAUGACUUCCGUUGCGGAGAGUCUGGCAGCGGGCUUUGUCUGCCCAAGUCGAAGCGCUGUGAUGGCUACUUCGACUGCCGCAACCGGCGCGACGAGGAGGGCUGCGACCCCUCGGCGGGAGUUUCGUGUCCGCUGGACCAGUUUCGCUGCGCCAACGGGCUCAAGUGCAUAGACAUGCGGCAAAAGUGCGACUACCGGAACGACUGCGGCGACAACAGCGACGAGCAGGGCUGCAAUUUCCAGCCGUGCCAUCUAGGGCAGUUCCGGUGUGAGAACCAGCUAUGCAUUCCCUCCAGCUUCCACUGUGAUGGUUACAAAGACUGUCCGGACAUGUCCGAUGAGCAAAACUGCACCGCCAUCCCGUGCCCUGACAAUAAGUUCCUUUGUGUCAAGGGUCUGACCAGUGCGCCCUUGGGAGGAGCAAGGUGCAUUUCGAAAAGUCAACUCUGUGAUGGAAAGCGGGACUGCGCGGACGGAGCGGACGAAGAGGCCGCCUGCUCCAACGCCAGCUGUCCUGGACUCGGCUGCAAGUACAAGUGCCAGGCCUCGCUCACCGGCGGAGUCUGCUACUGUCCCGACGGCCAAAAAUUAGCUAACGACUCCAAAUCCUGCAUUGACCGCGACGAGUGCGCCGACUGGGGCUACUGCCAGCAGCUGUGCGCCAACACGCCGGGCAGCUUCUCGUGUUCGUGCGUUGCUGGCUACCAGCUGCGGAACCACAGCGAGUGCGUGGCCCAGGGCAACACGUCGCUGAAGCUGUACUUCGCUCACGACAAGUUCGUGUGGCGGCUGACGGCCGGCGCCAACGGCAACGCCACCGCCGGCAUGGAGCUGGUGGCGAACGCGGCGCAGGCCAGCGGCGUCGACUUCCACUUCGGCCGCAACGCGCUUUUCUGGUCGGACACGCGCACCAAACGCGUCUACUCGACGCCGCUGGAGAACAAGUCGGCGACGACGACCGGCGGUUCGGCGGCCCAAUCGGCGCCGGACUUUGGCGUCGGCGGCGGCGCCUGGUCGCCGGUGGCCAUCGCCGUCGACUGGGUCGGCGACAAGCUGUACGUGGCCGACUCGCUCGGACAGAAGAUCGACGUCUUCGAGAUCAACGGCAAGUGGCACGCCAUCGCCCUCGGCAGCAACCUCACUAGCCCCAGCGACAUCGCGCUCGACCCCACCGUCGGAUACAUGUUCAUCGCUGACAACACACAGGUGAUUCGUGCCAACAUGGACGGCACAAACGUAAAGGCGAUCGUGUCCGAGGCGACGUACCGUGCAUCGGGCGUGGCGCUGGACAUAAUCUCGAAACGGGUUUUCUGGUGCGACUCGCUGCUCGACUACAUUGAAACGGUCGACUACCACGGCAAGAACCGCUUCCUCGUGGUCAGAGGUCAGGCGGUGCCCUCGCCGUCGCGGCUCACCGUGUUCGAGAACAGGGUUUUCUGGUCGGACGGCACCAAGCAGGGCGUCAUGAGCGUCGACAAGUAUGGCGGCGCCAACACCAUCAGGGCGCUGCUCAGCAAGAACAGAGAUGUACAGGAGCCGAAGGCGGUGAGGGCGGUGCACCCGUUGGUGCAGUUGUACGCUUCGAACCCGUGCGGCGCCAACAACGGCGGCUGCGAGCACCUGUGCGUGGUGACCGCCGGCGCCAGCGAGGGUUCGCUCGGCUUCCGAUGCGCCUGCAACAUCGGCUUCCGUCUCAACUCAGACCUCAAGCACUGCGACCGAGUGGAAGAUUUCCUCAUGUACUCGCAGCAGCGGUUCAUCAAGGGCCGCGUGCUCGAGCCCGUCACCGAGGGCUUCAGCGAUGCCAUCCUGCCCGUCGUGUCCAGGAGGGCUCGCUUUGUCGGACUCGAUUUUGACGCCAGGGAAGGCAUGAUUUACUACUCUGAUGUUCUCCAGGAUGUUAUUUACAGGAUACGAACCAAUGGCACCGGACGGGAAAUUGUGUUGGCUUCGCAGAACGAGGGCGUGGAAGGCCUGGCAGUGGACUGGGCCUCCAGGAACCUGUACUACAUCGAUAGCCGGAAAGGAACCUUGAACGUGUUGAGCACCAGAAACGUCACGUACCGCAGGACUCUGUUGAAAGAUCUGAAGAGGCCCAGGGCCAUUGUCGUCCAUCCCAACAAAGGCUUUAUUUUCUUCUCCGAGUGGGACAGACCGGCAAACAUCAGCCGCGCGUACGCCGACGGAACCAACAGGCAAAUUUUCAAGAAUCUGACUCUUGGCUGGCCAAACGGACUCUCUGUGGAUUUGAUGGCUGACAGGCUGUACUGGUGCGACGCCCUGCUGGACCACGUGCAACACUCCAACCUGGACGGAACAGACGUCAAAACUAUCACGUCCCAACUGAUCAUCCAUCCGUUUUCUUUAGUUGUGCAUGACCAAUGGAUGUACAUAUCUGACUGGAGGCUGGACGCGAUAGUUCGAAUGAAAAAAGAAGCGGGCGGAGACGAGUCGGUGGUGAUCAAAGAGCCGCACACCAACAGACUGUACGGCGUGCGGGUGUUCAGCAGAUCAUUACAGAGCAUCGACAACGUGCACCCCUGUUCAACGGGCUUCGACGGCUGCGCCAAGUUCUGCUUCGCCAUCCCGAGCAACACAUCCAACUCUUUGGUGGCCAGAUGCGGCUGUCCGUACGGAGAGCGGCUCGCCGAAGAUGGACGCACGUGCAACCCCGACCCGAAUGCCGAGCCGCCCGUGCAGGCGUGUCCCAACAACUGGGAUUUCACGUGCAACAACCAGAGGUGCAUCCCCAAGGCCUGGGUUUGCGACGGAGAGGAUGACUGUCUGGACAACUCUGAUGAGGAGCAAAACUGCACUAAGCCUACGUGUCCAUCGGACGAAUUCCAGUGCACAUCAGGCCGUUGCAUACCAAUGUCCUUCAAAUGCGACUCUGAAAACGACUGUGGCGACUUCUCGGACGAAACCGGCUGCAAGAACGUGACCUGCUCCUCGUCCCAGUUCCAGUGCGACAACGGCCGCUGCGUGCCUGCCACCUGGAAGUGCGAUUCGGAGAACGAUUGCGGCGACGGCAGUGACGAGGGUGACUUCUGCGCCGAGAAAACGUGCGCUUACUUCCAGUUCACGUGUCCUCGCUCCGGCCAUUGUAUUCCUCAGUCCUGGGUCUGCGACGGGGACAACGACUGCUUCGAUAAUUUUGAUGAGCAAGAGUGUCCUCCCAUCGCUUGCUCGGCGUCUCAAUUUAAGUGUGCUGAUCUGAAACAAUGCGUGGCCGAAUCGUACAAGUGCGACGGAAUCCCGGACUGCAGCGACGGCUCGGACGAGCUGGGUUGCCCGUCAUUGGCGCCGGACCAGUGCAACAAGGAGCGGCAGUUCAAAUGCCACGCGUCCGGCUUCUGCAUCCCGAAGGCGUGGCACUGCGACGGCACGGCCGACUGCUCGGACGGCAGCGACGAGCCGGACUCCUGCGGCCAGAUCGCGUGUCAGAACGGCUACUUCAAGUGCAACAACUCGCAGUGCAUCUUCAAGGCCUACAUCUGCGACGGCAAGGACGACUGCGGCGACAACUCGGACGAGGACGCGCGCCACGCGUGCGGACCGCCGCCGAUCACCUGCGACUCCGGCGAGUGGAUGUGUCCUGGUGUCAGCGGCAGAUGCGUCAACAUUACACAGGUGUGCGAUGGCAAAGUCGACUGUCCGAACGGAGCUGAUGAAGGUCCUGGUUGCGACCUGGCCGAGUGCCAACACCAAGCUGGACUCUGCUCGAAUAUGUGCAAGCAAACGCCCACAGGUGCAAUCUGCACGUGUCCAAAGGGCGAAAUUCUGUCCAACGACACGGUGACCUGCGUCGACAUGAACGAGUGCGAGCCUCCGGGUCGGUGUUCGCAGAUGUGCCGCAACAUAAAGAAGGGCUACGAGUGCUCGUGCGUGGACGGAUACGAACUGGAGCCGGACAAGACGCGGUGCAAGGCGGUCAACCACAGUGCCGCCUUCCUCAUCAUUUCCAACCGACACUCGAUUCUGGUUGCCGACCUGCAGGAGCAGAGCCUCGAAAGGGUGCCUAUUUUCGUGGAGAAUGUGGUGGCCACCGCCUCGGACAUGCACAGCGGAACCAUCUUCUGGUCUGACAUGAAACUGAAGAAAAUCUCCAGGCUGGACAGAGGAAACGAGCCCAGCGAGCAGAUCAUCGCCACUGGCUUGGAUUUGGUCGAGGGACUGGCGUACGACUGGGUUGGCAAAAAUAUCUACUGGCUCGACUCAAGACUGAACACUAUCGAGGUCGCCAGGGAAAAUGGAUCGGACAGGAUGGUGUUGCUCAAAGGAAACAUUACGCAGCCGCGAGGUCUCGCCCUUGAUCCAAGCCCAGGUACGCGAUGGCUCUUCUGGACGGACUGGGGUGAAAACCCCAGAGUCGAAAGAGUUGGCAUGGAUGGCAGCAACCGAAGCACGAUUAUCAACACAAAGAUCUACUGGCCCAACGGACUCACAUUGGACAUUGCCACGAAAAGGGUGUAUUUCGCAGACUCCAAACUGGACUUUAUUGACUUCUGCUACUACAACGGCAGCGGCAGACAACAGGUCUUAGCCGGAAGCCACUACCUGCUGCACCCGCACUCACUGGCACUGUUCGAAGACACUCUCUACUGGACCGACAGGCAACUUAACAGAGUAUCCUCAGCCCACAAGUACAAAGGCACCAACCAGACAGUGGUAUCCCACCUCAUAUCGCAGCCGCUGUCUGUGCACGUGCACCACCCCUCCCUGCAGCCCCUGUCGCCAAACCCGUGCGCCGACAACCCGUGCGCCCAGAUGUGUCUUUUGUCGCCGUCCACCAGCACCGGAUACGCUUGCAAGUGCAGGCCAGGCUAUCGCCUCGCCGAAGAGGGCAAGUGCGUUGAGGAGGAGAAACCUUUCGUGCUGGUCAUGAAAGGAAGCCAGAUUGUGGACAUGAGCCUUACGCCAGGAGAACAGGUCAGUGGAUAUCUGACGCCGAUUGUAGGCGUAGAGAAGGGAAUCCAGAUCGAAUUUGACCGGAAAAGCGAGUCCAUCUUCUGGAUUGAAGCCAAAGAAACGAACGACGAGGAAGACUUCAACGCCACGAUCUACACAUCAAAGCUCAACAACGGCAAUCGAACCAGGCUUCUAGGCCCGGACAACGGAUUCAUUGGCUCUGCGUACACGAUGGCCUUUGAUUGGCUGGGCCGAAAUCUCUACAUCGGUAACAGAAUCGCCUCGAACCUGGAAGCGAUCAAGAUCGACGGCAAAGUGCGUCACCGGACCGUGAUAUUGGCCAACGACGGAAACUCGACCUCCGUGGCCAAGCCAAAGAGCAUGUGUCUCGAUCCGAGCGCCGGUCUGGUCUUCUGGGUGGACGAAGGAGGCUCCGGAGUUCCCGCAAAGAUCGCCAGGGUCAACAUGGACGGCUCCAACCCGAUGAUCUUGGUCGACGACGUCGAGCGUCCGCAGGCCAUCACCAUCGACCUGGACAAAAAGCUGGUGUACUUCAGCACCGAGUUCCCGGCGCAGGUCCGGGUGAUCGGCAUUGACGGCCAGAACGAACGCACCAUCCUGACCGAGAGCAACAACAUCGCUCUGCCCAAGACCCUGGCGGUGCUCGACUCGCGUCUCUACCUGCUCGACCCAAAAUACGACAAGCUGGAGCGGCUGGACCUGCCCAACGGGGACAAUUCGCGGCUGCUGCUGGACAACGAGUCCGAUCUGCGCUCCUUCAUCAUCUACCGCAAGAGGCCGACGCCAAACCACCCUUGUCUGUCCAACAACGGCGGCUGCCAGCAGCUCUGUCUGCCGGCGCCAGGCAACUCGCGUGUCUGCGCUUGCUCUGUCGGACACCGCGUCGAGAACGAAAUGCAGUGCAUCGCCUACAGAUCCUUCGCCGUCGUGGCCCAACUAGACGUGGCUCGUGGCUUCAGCCUGAGCAACGCCGCCGAGGCCAUGACGCCCAUCUCAGGACCGGGCCACCACAUCCUGCACGUCGACGUCUUUGUCGCCGAGAACUGGAUCUACUGGGUCGAGUUCAACCGCGGAACGUGGAACGGAAUCUUCCGCGUCAGGCCGAAUGGCAGCGACCUCAGUCCGGUGGUCAACACCGGCGUCGGCUCGAACGGCAUCAGGGGCUUGGCGGUCGACUGGGUGGCUGGAAAUUUGUACUUCACCAACGUUUUCCCGCACGAGAACUACUUGGAAGUGUGCUGGCUUGACGGCUCGCACAGGAAGGUCCUCGUCAAGACCACCUCUGAUGCGCCUCGAGAGCUCGCGGUUAAUCCUGUGAAAAGGUACUUGUACUGGAUUGAUUACGGACAGUACCCUCGAAUCGGCAAAGCCUACCUGGACGGCUCAAACUGGACGCCAAUCGUGACAUCUGGCAUCAGCAACCCUCGCGACCUGACCGUGGACAUGGCUACUCACGAUGUCUACUGGGUUGACUCGAGGCUGGACACCCUGCAGAAGGUGAGCUACAGCGGCGGCUCGCGCCAGGUGGUGCGUCGCUUCCUGCCUAACCCCAUGGGCGUCGCCGUGCUGAAGCAGGAGGUGUUCUGGGUCGACCGCAACCUUGCUGCCGUCUUCAGGGCCUCCAAGCUUCCUCAGGAGAGCGCCACCGCCAAUUCCAGCAAGGCGGUUGCCCUGAGAUCCAAUCUGAACAGGCUGAGGGACGUGGCGGUAUUCGACGUGGCUGCCCAGCCGGCCGACGACAGCAGUCCUUGCAAGCGUUUGGGCAACGGCGGCUGCGACCAACUGUGCUUCGCCUUCCCGGCCGACCGGGUCAUCCUGAACAAGUCGCAAUUCAAGUGCGACUGCGCCACCGGCAGGGUGGGCGACGACGAGCGGCGUUGCGUCACGGAGGACGAGUUCCUCGUCUUCUCCACGCGCACCGAGGUGAGGAGCAUCAGUCUGGACCCGCGUUCGACGUCGGUGCCGUUCAAGCCGGUGGCCAACCUGAGCAACGUGGUCGGCAUCGACUUUGACUACCGCGACAACCGGCUGCUCUACACGCAAAUCCGUCCGUUCGCGCGCAUCGCCUGGAUGCCGAGCCAGAGUCCGAGCAAGGAGGCGUCGCAGGUCAUCCUGCAGAAGGGCAUCAACCCCGAGGGCAUCGCCUACGACUGGACCCAGAAGAAGAUCUACUGGACCGACUCGAGCAACAACAGCAUCUACGCCAUGAACAUGGACGGCAGCCAGCUGGUGACCAUCGCCAGGGUGGAGCGGCCCAGGGCCAUCAUCCUCGACCCUUGCAACGGCUCGCUGUACUACACCGACUGGGGCAGGUUCGGCACCUCCGGCAAGAUCUUCCGCACCUCCAUGGCGGGAAGUUUGAAGAAGGCUAUAAUAGAGAAGGACCUGGCGCAGCCCAGUGGACUGGCCAUCGACUACGACGACCGGAUGCUCUACUGGACCGACGCUGUCAGGGAGAAAAUCGAAAGGUCCACCCUGGAUGGCGACAGAAGAGAGGUGUUAAUCUCGGCCACGAUAUAUCCAUUUGCCAUCACGGUGCACAGAAACUACAUUUACUGGACAGACCUGCAGCUGCGUGGCGUGUACCGAGCUGAAAAACACACCGGCGCCAAUUUGGUAGAGAUGGUCAAGCGUCUAGAGGACUCUCCGAGGGACAUCCACGUCUUCUCGGCCAACAGGCAGGAAUGCACAUUGAACGCGUGCAAAAUCAACAACGGCGGCUGCCAGCAGUCGUGCCACCCCGCGCCAAAUGGCACUGCCGAGUGCCGGUGCGACGAGCAGUCCAAGUUGGUCAAUGAGGACAGAAUGUGCUUACCGAAAAACAUCACCUGUGACCAGGGCAAGUUCCACUGCCGCAACGGCAAGUGCAUUUCGCGGAUGUGGGCGUGCGACGGCGAGAACGACUGCGGUGACCGCACGGACGAGGACACCAACUACUGCACCUUCCACUCGUGCAGCCCGUCCGAGUUCCGCUGCAACAACGGCCGCUGCAUCUUCAAAUCGUGGCAGUGCGAUCACGAGAACGACUGUCAGGACGGCAGCGACGAGAUUGGAUGUACAUAUCCGGCUUGCGCCGACGGAGAGUUCACCUGCAGCAACCACAAAUGCAUCCCGAUGUCUCAGGUUUGUAACGGCAUAAACGACUGCAAGGACAACAAGACGUCUGACGAGGCGCUGGAGCGUUGUCCGCGGAACACGACGUGUCCGCCGAACCACCUCAAGUGCAACCAAACCAACAUCUGCGUGGAGCCGUACUGGUUGUGCGACGGCGACAACGACUGCGGCGACAACAGCGACGAAGAUCCGCUGCACUGCGCCGCGCGCACGUGUCCGCCGAACAGCUUCCGUUGCCCCAACCACCGCUGCAUCCCUGCCACCUGGUACUGCGACGGAGACACCGACUGCGGCGACGGAAGCGAUGAGCCGCCGGAGUAUUGCAAGUCGGAGGGCAGAACGUGCUUCGGAGACCUUUUCACCUGUGACAAUGGAAACUGCAUACCGAGGAUUUACAUUUGCGAUGGUGACAAUGAUUGUUUGGACAACUCGGACGAGGACGACCGGCACCAGUGCAACAACCGCAAGUGCGACCCUGAGAUGGAGUACACGUGCGCGGAGAACAAGAACUGGAACCGAGCGCAGUGCAUCCCGAAGAAGUGGGUGUGCGACGGCGACCCAGACUGCGUGGACGGCGCCGACGAGAACGCGACGCUGCACAACUGCCCCAGUCCGGAGCCGUGCAGCGGCGACGACCAGUUCCAGUGCAAGAACGGCCGCUGCAUCAACAAGGGGUGGCUGUGCGACCACGACAAUGACUGCGGCGACGCCUCGGACGAGGGAAAAGAUUGCCAGGCGCACUACAAGACGUGUGGAGCUUCCGAGUUCAGUUGUCAGAACUUCAAGUGUAUUAGGACUACUUAUAAGUGCGAUGGCGAAGAUGACUGCGGAGACAACAGCGAUGAAUUCGAUUGUCCGAAGGCGAACGCGACCGGCUGCGCGGAGGACCAGUUCAAGUGCCGCAACGGCCAGUGCAUCCCGAAGAGCAAGGUGUGCGACAAGAACAGCGACUGCUCCGACGACUCGGACGAGCCAGGCUACUGCGGCGUGAACGAGUGUCUGCGUCCAGAGGACAACCAAUGCGGACAGAAGUGCGUCGACGAUCCGGCUGGCUUCCACUGCGAGUGCAACAAGGGAUACAAAUUGCUCCCCGACGGCAAGGCUUGCGAUGACAUCGAUGAGUGCAAAGAGGUGCCUGGAGCGUGCUCACAAAAGUGUGCAAACACUCCCGGCUCGUAUUACUGCAAGUGCGCCGAGCCGUUCUACGAGAGGGCUGCCGACGAGAAGACCUGCAAACGCAAGGACCAAAUCAUGCCCUGGCUGGUGUUCAGCAACAAGUACUACAUCAGGAACAUGACCCUGGACGGCAGCCAGUACUUCUUGUCGCACAGAGACCUCAUGAACACUGUUGCCCUCGACUUUGACCUCAUUUCAGGCAAAAUUUAUUUCGCUGACGUCAGCGCCAAGACAAUUUUCAGGGCAAACAUCAAUGGUAGCGGUCCGAAAGAGCCGGUGGUUCGGCACGACAGUCACGGUCUGGAAGGGCUCGCCAUCGACUGGGUGGGACGGAAACUGUACUGGCUGGACAGACACUCUCGCCACCUGGACGUCUGCGAACUGGACGGCACAAACAGGAAGACGCUGCGCUCCGGCAUUGCGGACCCCAGGGCCAUCGUGGUGCACCCUGGCAAGGGCUACCUGUUCUUCAGCACGUGGCACCUCCAGGGCUACAUCGGCAGGAUGGGGCUGGACGGCUCAAAUUUCACCUACCUGCUCAACUGGGAGGACGGAGUGGCGUGGCCCAACGCCCUCACCAUCGACUACUUCAGCGAACGGCUCUUCUGGGCCGACGCUCAUUUGGACUAUAUUGCACAUGUUGACUUCAAUGGCAAAAACAGACACAGUGUGAUGGCCGGUACAAAGGUGCCUCACGUGUUCGCCCUGAGCGUGUUUGACGACACCCUCUUCUGGACCGACUGGAACCUGAAGGCGGUCGUCAGAGCCAACAAGUUCACGGGCGCCGACUACAAGGUCAUGGUCAACACCACUCACAGGCCCUACGACAUCCACGUCGUGCACCCCAUGCGACAGCCACCCUUCUCCAAUCCGUGCGGCAGGAAUAAUGGCGGCUGCUCUCACCUCUGUCUCAUCUCGCCAGCAGGCGAGGGUGCCGUUUCGUACAAGUGCGGGUGUCCGAACCAGUUCAUCCUUUUAGCGGACAACCGUACGUGCCAGUCCAACUGCACGGCCGGACAGCACCGGUGCGGUGGCUCGGACGAGAAGUGCAUUCCGUGGUUCUGGAAGUGCGACGGCGAGAAGGAUUGCCGCGACGGCAGCGACGAGGAGUCUUGUCCGAAGCGCACGUGCCGCAGCGGCAGCUUCCAGUGCGGCAACGGCAACUGCACGCCCACGGCCACCAUCUGCGACGGCAAUGACGACUGCAACGACGGCAGCGACGAGAAGAACUGCGACCUUUCGUGUCCGGACCUCGAGUUCAAGUGCAAGAGUAAUGGCAGGUGCAUUCUGGACGCGUGGAAGUGCGACGGCGAUGCCGACUGCAAGGACGGAAGCGAUGAAGAUCCAGAGAUUUGCCAUCACCGGCAGUGCAACCCGCAGACCGAGUUCCAGUGCAAGAACGGCCGUUGCAUCCCCAAACUUUGGGUGUGCGACUUCGACAACGACUGCGGCGACGACUCGGACGAGCCGGCCUACCAGUGCCGACAGCGCAACUGCACCGUCGGCUGGCAACGCUGUCCUGGACGCACCAACUACCGCUGCAUCCCCAAGUGGCUCUUCUGCGACGGAAAGGACGACUGCAGGGACAACUCGGACGAACAGCCCGAAAACUGUCCUGCUUGCAGCGGCGAUGGCGACUUCCGGUGCAACAACAACCGCUGCGUUCCAAAACGCUGGCUGUGUGACUUUGAAAACGACUGCGGGGAUGGAUCAGACGAGGUCGAGGAAAAAUGCAAAGGAAAGUACAGGGAGUGCUCCGAGUCCGAGUUCCGAUGCGGAAAUGGAAAGUGCAUUCCAAGCAGGUGGCAAUGCGACCACGACGACGAUUGCGGAGACGGCACUGACGAGGUCGAGUGCACGGGAUACACUUGCAAGAACAACACAUUCCAAUGCACGAGCGGCCACUGCAUUGCCUCGUAUUACCGCUGUGAUGGAGAUCGCGACUGUCGCGAUUUGAGCGACGAAAUGAACUGUCCGCCCAGAUUCCCCAACGGCAAAUACUGUCCGGAGAGCAUGCACGAGUGCAAAAACCACCUGUGCGUCUCGUUCUCCGACCUGUGCGACGGCUCUGACGACUGCGGCGACAACAGCGAUGAGAGUGACGAAACGUGCAAAAACUUUGAGUGUGAUGCCGUGAGGAAGUACCAGUGCUCGAACCACAAGUGCAUCCCCAGGUACCAGGUUUGCGACGGCGUGGACAACUGUGGCGACGGCAGCGACGAAAACAACAUGACGCUGUGCUCGUCGAGGGCCAAGCCGUGCAACCUGUAUGCCGAGUACCAAUGCGCCAACCGAAAGUGCAUCGACAAGACCAAGGUGUGCGAUUUUGCCGACGACUGCAUGGACGCCUCUGACGAACUUGGAUGCCAUCAUUCUAAAGCGUGCUCGGAGGCCACUAAGGGCGGAUGCGAACAUCACUGCAUGAACCUCACGGACGGAGGAUACAUUUGCGCCUGCUACUCUGGUUUUAUCAUUUCUGCGGACAACAGGAAGAAAUGCGAAGAUGUCGACGAAUGCGCCACCUUUGACAACAAAUGCUCGCAACUGUGCACCAACCUUAACGGCUCGUACACAUGCAGUUGUAGACACGGCUUCGAGUUGUCGGCCAGCGGAGUGUGCAGGUCGAACGGGCCCCCGGUCAACCUGCUGCUGGCCAACGGCCCUGGCAUCAGGUCACUCGAACAGGUGCAGCGGCGGGAGACGGACGUGGUCAUGGGCGAGAAACGCAUCGAAGCCGUCGACUUCAAUCCGAGAACGGAAAUGGUCUUCUGGGUCGACUCGUUCGACAAGUCGGUGCGCAGGUCCUACAUGGCCGGAGCCCAGGGUGGACACGCCAAGGUCGGCUUUGCGCAGGAUCUGAGUAUCAAGGCCAACGGCAAGCCGUCCGCCAUCGCUGUUGACUGGCUGGCUGAGAACAUUUACUGGGCUGAACUGGACAGAAACGGACCAAAGGCAAAGGGAAAAAUCCUAGUAGCCAAGACGGACGGUCGCUACAAACGCUCACUGCUGGCAUCCGGCCUGGAGUCCCCGACCGCUCUGGCCGUCGACCCGGCGCGCGGCCGCAUGUUCUGGGCCGACGCCGGCACCAGUCCAAAGAUCGAGACGGCGUGGAUGGACGGCAGCAAGCGCAAGGCCAUCAUCACGGAGGGUCUGCGCCACCCGGUGGCCAUCACCAUCGACUCGGCGCUCGGCCAACCAGCCAUCUUCUGGGCCGAUUCCAAGACGGACACGAUCGAGCUGGCCAGGCAGGACGGCACCGGACGCAUGGUGGUGCUCCGGGGCGCCGCCCUCAAACACCCUGUUGCAAUCGACGUCUUCGAGAGCGAAAUCUUCUGGGCCACCAAGGACAGCGGUGAACUGCUCAAGCAGGACAAGUUCGGAAGAGGAGUGCCUGUUACUUUGGCCAAGGACCUCGUCAAUCCUUCCGGAGUUAAAGCAUACCACCCUCAAAGGUACAACACCUCAGCUGCAGACAGGUGCAGUGGCACCCCUUGCAGCCACCUGUGCUUGCUGGUGCCGAGCGGCUACAAGUGCGCCUGUCCAGACGGAUCCGUCCAGAGACCGGGAACCAGCGAGGUCAACUGCGAUGCUCCUUCGGAGCGUCCGAGACCGUCGCCGAGGGUGUGCGAGUGCCAGAACGGCGGCGUCUGUAAAGAGUCCAAGGACGGCGGCGUCGUCUGCGAGUGUCCGCCCGACUUCCAGGGCGACCACUGCCUCGACCACGUGGCCCGCACCAGGGUGCCCGGCGCCGAUUCGCGCUCGGCGACCAUUUUCUACCUGCUGCUCGUGCUGGUGCUCAUCCUGGCCGGCGCCGGAGCAGCCUUCCUCUUCCUCAGGUACCGGCCGUUCGGCAAAGGCAGCAUGUUGGGCUCAACGCAGAGCGUCUCCUUCCGCCAGGGCACCAACGUCGAGUUCGGCGGGCCCAUCGGCGCCGCCGGCGCGAUGAACCUGGCCGCCGGCGCCGGGGUGGCGCCCGCGGCCGAGCCGAUGGACGCGGCCUACGACAUGGGCGAGCUGUCCGAGGGCAAGACGCGCAACUUCAGCAACCCGAUGUACGACGCGCUUGGCGCUGGCAGCUCGGCCGCGGCGGCCGUCGGCCCCACCGGCAUCUACGAGGUGCCCGCCGAAGUGGUCGCCGUCAAGAAGACGCCCGUCUUCGAGCCGCCGUCCGAAGUGGUGGCGCCGCUGGCGUCGCAGCGCGCCGCCGCGGCAUCCGCCGUGCCCGCGGGCAAGGCGACGCCGCCGCCUAAGCACCGCGAGCUCAACCCGACGCCCAUCGACUCGGGCAAAGACACUCAAAAGCUGGUGGUCGAGGAGGACGCCUCCUCCGAGUGCUGAGAGACUCAUUAUUUUUUUUUGUAAUCUCGAAAAACGGCCGCCAGGAUCUAAUAAAUAUGGAUUUUAUUCUAUACAUUUGACUUGUGAGCCGCAGAGUUUCCACCAAUCAAAAAGCCUUUUUGACCGCCAUUGAACAACGUCUGUGCCAAUCCUCGUUAAUUUCAAUUCGCCAAUCUUGGUGUUUCUGGCCGCCAGCAGAUGGUACAAUUUUUGGGAAUCAAAUAAACUCCUCGGAAGUAUUUUAAAUGACCGGUGGUGCCAUCUGUUGGCGGCUUUGGUCACUAUAUAUAUACAGACUUUUCCAGUUGGCGAACACGGCAUAUUUUGCGCAUUUCUGGAAACUCUGGAAGCCACAAACAAGUUUCAGUCUGAUCAAACUGCGUGCGAGAAUGUCUGACUUACACAAAACGGAAAGAGUGGCGUUAUUCUUAAGCUAUUGUUGAUAAUUAUAUAUAUAAAUAAAAAUGAAAAAAACUAACUGGUGGUUGCGGUGUAUACGUGAGAGACGCAAGUGAGACAGAGACUUAUCGGUUAACAAUUACAAUACUGGUACCAUUUGUUACUGUACAUACAAGAAGUAUAUUGUUGAGCGCAAAAAUUAUUGUAAAACACUGUCAAUUAUAUUUUUUAAGAUUUUAUAACAAAGAUGAGAUUUUGUAUUCUGAAGCAAAAUCCAAGCUGGCGUGCGUUUUGGAUUCGAUUUUCUGACGAGUUUUUGAAUAAUGCCUAUUUAAGCGUGACAUUCCCAAGAGUAUUAUUAUUUAAUGUGUAUAUUCACUCAAAUGACACUCAGUAUUUAAAAAAAGACAUCUAUGCGCAUUUAAACAAACAGAUCUGAGACCAUUUAAUAUUAUAUUUUCAUUUCUGGCAAGAUUUCCGUUUUGCCACAGCUCAAAAAAAUGUUGUUCGUGUGUAAGACCCGUUGGAAUUAUUUGCAAACGUGCGUAUUUUUGGCAAUAAAAAGAAACUAUUAUAAUGAAAUAAAAAAAAA